UCUACACACGCCUUCUCCCUCGAGAAAACACUCGACACCGAAGACUCCUCGACACAAGGACGUCUUAGGUAGCCCCUCUAUCAAAAGAAUCAAAUCGACCCCGGGAAAAUCUUCGUUGGCUGUAGGACAGGUGGACAGGACGCUCACUAGCCCGAGCAAGAAACGGGACGUCGAUCGACAGGAGAUCCAAGAACUUUUACGACAAGCUAGUCCUCCUCCGAAUCUGCAAGCCAGUGAAGGAGAUCACGAGCCACCACCAAGGAGACUAGCAUUAGAGCCGAUCAUGGAGGUAGACACCGAACCCCAGGCGGGUCCUUCUCAGCCCCAGCAGGAUGUCGGAACCGGGAUGGACGUCGAUUCUGGUCCAUCUUUCACCCCACAAGCUCCGUUCGACAUCAACGCCGAUCCGCAUCACAAUCUCUCUCCAGACUUUCUCGCUUCUCUACAAGAAGAAGAUCCCUCGGAUUCCAUCGCCUAUACUCUCCCCAUUUACCUUUCUGCCCAGCUAGCUCCUACUUUGCAGCUUUUCCAAUACCCCCUGCAUCACCGGCCGAUCACCCUCUCCCCCUACGCUCAGUCUAAGGGGCAAACAAUCACCGCCAGGAUGAAAGAGGCUGUCGAGAGGUUCGAACUCGAAGUCCCUGUGGACAUGAGGGAAGACGUCUGGGACGAGGAAAAGGCGGAGGAGAUGGGUUUUCAGGGCGGAAAAGGCGGAUUAGGCAGCAAGGACGACAAGAAGAAGAUGAAGUCGGGGCAGGAAGGGUGGGGAAGUAAGAUGAGGUUGAGGAGCGAAGAAGUCCCGCAUGUGACGGGUUAUUGGAGUGGGAUCGUGCAUGAUAACGCUCUACACGUCCACCCCAUCAACAAGCUCGUUCAACUCCGUCCUGAGCUCGGAUAUUUGGACGACCUGGACAAGAAGAAGCGGAACGAAGAAGCUCGUCGGAAACGUCGUGGGGGCGACGAUUUCUCCGGGUCGGAGGAUGACGAGGAUGUGGAUGAUGCGCCUGCUGGGAAGAACAAGAAACCUGGGUCCGACGAGCUGAAGAGCGUUACCAUGCAACUCGCCUCCAUGCCCAACCUAUCGCACGAUAGCGAGACUCGCCGAACCACCAAGAUGGGUACCGGAGGUACGAUCGGGUUGACGAGCCAGAUCCGAGCGAGGAUCGUCAAGUCGCUCAAGAACGAGAUGGAGGAUGUUUGGAAGCAGUGGAACUGGGUCGAGGGAGAGCAGCUCGACGAAGUAGCCGACGCUCUGGACAGGUUGAUCUUGCCGGACGAGAACCGGACCGUUCUCAAGUGCGGGACCAAGAAUCUCGAUUUCAUCUCGAAAGAGAAUAUCGGAGAGGGGGCCAAGUUGCCGAACUAGACUAGCCUCUUUGUCGUAGCUAACUACAUCACAUGCAUACUUGGCACAGCUUAGGAUCACGUUCAGCUUGAUGAUAGUUCACGCGCACAUGAAUUCAUCUUGCAUUGGGAAUGGAUGCUUUAUUAUGAUCGUUAUAUCCCCGCUGUCUUGUUAUUCAACGUGACCGGACAUAAUUUCAGCCUGGUCAAACCGCCCGUGCUACCGUGUUGAAAGG